AUGGUCAACGAAAUCCCGACAACCCUAUUGAAUGAUGGGACGUCGGUUCCUAUCCUUGGAUAUGGAACAGGAACGGCAUGGUACAAGAAGUCAGACGACUCCGAAAUCAACCGUGAGCUGGUGGACGCGGCUAAGAAUGCUAUUCACUUGGGGUAUAACCACCUCGACGGAGCCGAGGUUUACGGAACCGAAGAAGAAUUGGGCCUUGCAAUUCAGGAAGCCAAUCGGCCUCGAGACAGCCACUUUGUGACGACUAAAGUCCAUACCAGUAUCGCCGAUAUUCCUGCCGCUAUUGACAUCAGCUUGAAAAAGCUUCGGCUCGAUUACGUUGAUUUGUACUUGAUUCACGCGCCAUUCUUUGCCAAGACCGAGAGUGAACUUCAGAUGGCCUGGGCAGCCAUGGAGCAAGUUCACGCCUCUGGGAAAGCUCGGUCUAUUGGAGUGUCUAAUUUCCUACAGUCUCACCUGGAAUCCAUUUUGAAGACUGCCAAAGUCAUCCCCGCUGUGAAUCAGAUUGAGUUCCACCCAUAUCUCCAACAUGGAGGUCUACUCUCUUUUCACGAGAGUAAAGGAAUCAAGACUGUUGGCUAUGCUGGUUUGGUCCCGAUUACCCGGGCUCGCGGAGGACCAUUGGAUCCAUUGUUAUCGGCCCUGGCUACAAAGUACGCCGUGAGUGAGUCGGAGAUUCUGUUACGCUGGACCAUGGACCGUGGAUGCGUGGCAAUCACUACCAGUAGUAAGGAAGCACGUCUAGCUAGUUACCUGCGCUCCGUGACCUUCAAACUCACACCUCAAGAGAUCGCUGAAAUAUCUCAGCUGGGUCAAGAGCAUCAUUACCGUGCAUUCUGGCGAGAGAAGUUUGCGGCCGAUGAUCGAUCAUGA